CAGGAUCACACUGACUGUCUCCGGGGGCCUCUGCUCAGCCUGAGGUGCUGCAGGACAGCUGUCGAACUGGCAGGCUCCGGCCAUGGCCCCUUGGACACCUUCCUCUGUGCCGGGGGAGGGGGGAAAAGGUGGGUCCUUUUCCAAACCCCACCCCUGUCCCCUGGGGCUGUGCUGCAGUGGCUAGAACAAGUGCUGCAGAGUGGACAGACUUCAGAGAAGCAGGAGGAAUAGCCAGGGGGGAUCCCCCCCCCACUUCAUCCCCACUGCAAACCUGUCUUCUUGCAGGGCAUCUGAAUGGGACUCCCUGGUUCUUCUCAGACACAGCUGCCAAGGGGGUCCCGUGAGUACGACAGGAUCCCCUCAGCCAUGCCAGCGCUGCCCAGAGACGAGGAGGCCACAUGCCCAGACCCACCUCGCUCUCCCUCCGGCAGCCCGGCCAGUCCAGGGGCCUUGGAGAUGCCGCUCAAGGGCUGCUACUACGACCGGGCCCGGCCAGUAACCUCCCUGGAUGUGGUUGCCGACUUGCAGAAGGAGAUGCUGGUGAAUGUCGGGGGGCGCCGCUACCUGCUACCCUGGAGCACACUGGACAUCUGUCCGCUGAGCCGCCUGGGCCGUCUGCGGCAAUGCAGGAGCCCCGAGGAGUUGGCACAGCUGUGUGAUGACUUCGACGAGCGCUCCGGUGAGUUCUUCUUCGACCGCAGCCCCAGCGCCUUCGGCAUGGUGGUGAGCUUUCUGGCGGCGGGCCGGCUGGCACUGCUGCAGGACGCGUGUGCCCUGUCCCUGCGCGAGGAGCUGGCCUACUGGGGCAUCGAGGUGGCCCACCUGGAAGGCUGUUGCCGCCGCCGGCUGCACACCAAGCUGGAAGAGUUGGCAGAACUACACCGUGAUGAGGUGCUGCAGGGCCGGGCUGAGACCUGUCAGCCGCCUGCACCCCCGACGCGCUGGGGCCACUGUAUGAGUCGCUUGCGGGAGAUGGUGGAGAAUCCACAGUCGGGGUUGCCCGGGAAGGUUUUCGCCUGCCUCUCCAUCCUGUUCGUGGCCACCACAGCGGUGAGCUUGUGUGUCAGCACCAUGCCCGACCUGCGCGCCGAGGAAGACAAGGGCGAAUGCUCACAGAAAUGUUUCUACAUCUUCAUCGUGGAGACGGUCUGCGUGGCCUGGUUCUCCCUGGAGUUCUGUCUGCGCUUCGUGCAGGCCCGGAACAAGUGCCGCUUCUUCCAGGGACCCCUGAACAUCAUCGACAUCCUGGCCAUCUCGCCCUACUAUGUGUCCCUGGUGGUGUCAGAGGAACCGACGGAGGAGGGCGGGGAGCGGGCGGGCGGCAGCCUGUACCUGGAGAAGGUGGGGUUGGUGCUGCGAGUGCUGCGGGCGCUGCGGAUCCUCUACGUGAUGCGCCUGGCGCGACACUCGCUGGGGCUGCAGACACUUGGGCUGACCGUGCGCCGCUGCACGCGCGAGUUCGGGCUGCUGUUGCUCUUCCUCUGUGUGGCCGUCACUCUCUUCUCCCCGCUGGUCUACGUGGCCGAGAAUGAGUCGGGCCGGGUGCUGGAGUUCACCAGCAUCCCCGCCUCGUACUGGUGGGCCGUCAUCUCCAUGACCACCGUGGGCUAUGGAGACAUGGUGCCACGCAGCGUGCCCGGCCAGGUGGUGGCUCUGAGCAGUAUCCUCAGCGGCAUCCUCAUCAUGGCCUUCCCGGCCACCUCCAUCUUUCACACCUUCUCCCACUCGUACCUGGAGCUCAAGAAGGAGCAGGAGCAGCUGCAGGCUCGUUUGCAGCACCUACAGUCGGCCACCACGGCCUGUGAGCAUGAGUUCCUGACGACGUCCAGAGACCCCGUCAGGCAAGGACCUGCCUCACCCAUCAAGUGCUAGGCAGGGACCCUGCCCUUGUAGGAGAAUUCCAGAAGCUCAAAGGGCCCCAACAAUGGGGACCCCCAUCCCGGCCGUUGCAAUGCUUCAGCUGGCUCUACCGACCCCAAUCCUGCCUCCAACCCUGCCUGGUAUCUCUCAGUCCUCAGCAGAGGCUCUCACAAUGGACCAAGCUGUCUUUCAGACGUCCACAGAGUCAAGUGCCCCCAGAAUUCCAUUCCUCCUCCUCCACAAGGCCCCCCUCUGCCCGGCACCACCAUCUCUUGGGG